UGAGAUUUCAUUUUAUCAUCAAAAUGACUUUUAGCCAAGAAAUUAUCGAUUUAUAGUGGAAAAAAAAUAGUUUUAUGAAUACCAAAAUAACAAUGCCAACCGACAAUAGAUGAUAAAUCCUGAAAACAGUAUACAUAAAACGACAUAAAAAAUGAUACUAAUGAUUAUCAAUGCAGUGAAUAAUAUCUUAUAUUGAAUAUCCAGUGGGAUAGUGUAGAAGCCACACAAGAGUACUGAGAAGAUGGCCCUCGUUAGUAUGUCUCCAUGCACACCUGAGUAUGACCGGAAAGCUGAGCUCACAGCUUUUGACCAAACCAAAACUGGUGUCAAAGGACUUGUAGAUGCCGGAAUAACGGAGGUCCCUCGGAUGUUCCAUCUACCCUCACCUGAAAACCUAAACUCCAAUCAACCCUCACACUCAGAGCUUAGUCUUCCGACCAUCGAUCUGGAAGGAAUCAACGAAGAUCCUAUCCGGAGAAAGGAGGUGAUCGAGAAAGUGAAGGAUGCAUUCGAGACUUGGGGUUUCUUCCAGAUUGUGAAUCAUGGAAUUCCUGAUAGCAUGUUGGAGGAGAUGAAAAAAGGUGUUUUAGGGUUUUUUGAGCAGGAUAGUGAGGUGAAGAAACAGUGGUACACUAGGGAUCGUAGCGGGAAGCGUAAGUUCGUGCACCACAGCAACUUUGACUUGUACACUGCAGCGGUGACUAACUGGCGAGACUCUUUCUUUUGCACAAUGGCUCCUGAUACUCCUCAACCAGACGAGUUGCCAUCGCCUUGCAGAGAUAUUUUAUUGGAGUACUCAAGAGAAGUGAUUAGACUCGGAAGUUGUCUAUUGACAUUGAUGUCAGAGGCUCUAGGGCUCAACAAAAAUCAUCUUUUAGACAUAGGAUGUGGCGAUGGGCUUGCUGUCCUUGGCCAUUACUAUCCUCCUUGCCCACAACCAGAGUUAACCAUAGGCACCCCGGACCACACUGACAACGAUUUCAUCACGAUUCUUCUACAAGAUCAUGUCGGUGGCUUUAAGAUCUUGUAUCAAAACCAAUGGACCAAUGUUCAUCCUAUACAAGGAGCUCUUGUAGUGAAUGCUGGAGAUCUUUUACAGCUAGUUACAAAUGACAAGUUUGUGAGUUCACGACACAAGGUGGUGGCAAACAAGGUUGGUCCAAGAGUAUCAGUGGCAUCAUUCUUUAUGAGUGAGACCUUGCAAGUUAUUGAACCAAUCAGGGAGUUGCUUUCGAAAGAUAAUCCAGCCAAGUAUAGAGGCACAACAGCGAAAGAAUAUGUGGAUUACUACAGAGCAAAAGGAAUUGAUGGCACUUCUGCUCUUUUGCAUUUUAAGAUCUAG